CAUAUUUAUGCUCAUCUUAAUAAUAGGAUUUGGAAAUUCAAUGUUUAUUCUUUUUCAAGAACCAUCACCACUUUAUUAUUUAAAAGCCUCAAAUUACACAUUAUAUAACGGAACUGUAAAUCUAACUUUAACAGGACCAAGUCAAGAUAAUCCUAUUAGCACAAUAUGGGAAUCUAUACUUUCCAUGUACUAUUUGAGUACAGGAAAUUUGAAUAAUUAUGAUUAUUGGCCAUUAAAAUUACUAACAUUUAUUGCCAAUGUUAUUUUAGUUCUUGUUAUAUUAAACAUGCUUAUUGCGUUGAUGAAUGACACAUUUAAUAAAGCUAAGGAAGAUGGUAAUCUCGGAUUAUUGAUAUAUAGAGCAGAACUUGUUAAUGAUUUUGAGAAACUUGAUACGUUUUCAUUUUAUAAUUCAUCAUAUAUUUGUUAUCUUCGAGAUCCUGAAUUGAUGAAAAAAUGGAUGAAAAAAUCUCAAGAACUUAGUAAAACAAAGUUAUAUUCAUGGUUUAAUGAAAGUAUUAAUAAAGAAAAUAUAACUUAUGAUGAUGAUGGAAUUGACAUUACAUCUUGGUAUGAACUUAUCUCAGGUAAUGAAGAUUAUCAAGACUCUUCUCCUACACCUGAUCAUAUGACACUCUGGUUCUAG